ACGGCUGGCAACUGGAAACUAAACCUUUUGUUGGAUGUCUUAUUCUCCUAUUAAAUAUCCGCCCUCCCAGAACAUUAUGUCAAAUCUUCAAGGGAGAGUGUUUUCUGUGUGCUUGGAAGUGUUGAACCCGAAUUUUGGUUCACUCAGAUUUCCGGGGUAUUUUUAUUUCAGAAACCUACAUGGUUAUUGCUCCUUGAGUCUGUUGAUGAGGAUUAAUGUAGCCAAUGCAAGCAAUGGUAGAUGAAUUGCUUUAAGUUAUUGGAGCGUCGUCAAAAACAAUGCAUAUGCCAUAUAAACAACACAGGUUGGUUAUCAAUGACUGUGCAUUCCAAUACUGUGGGAGGAUUUGAAUGCAGUUAAUAUAGAUUGAUAUCUUUCAAGAGAGAGAGACGCCUUCAGCUUGACUUUGCACAUUUUUCCCAACCCUGCAUGAGUGAAGAUGAGGCCCCUGUUAUCCAAGUGAGAAAUUACGUACAAUUAUCAUCCGGGCACUUGGGGAAAAGGUUUCUUCCUCCUCCAACUGAGACCACCUUCAUUGCACCAUUUUCUGUAACACGAUCUGUAAGUUGGCGGAAUAUCGACUUCUCAUAAUUUAUAUGCUUGUGAGUUUUCCUCUACCCGUGAUACAAAGUAGCAUGACUAGUGCCAGCAGAAGCAACUUCCUUGUCCUUUCUCCAAUCAAAAGGACAAAAAAAAUACUGUCUUUUAGCAUUUCAAAUAAUUGGACUUGCAGAGGCUUUAUCUUCCCCAUACGGAUCAGAACCUCUCACGACCACAUGCCCUCUCUUGUCCUCUUCCUUAUCCAUAACACCAAAACUCUAUGGCAAUUUCAGGACUAAGAGAAGAGAAAAGAUAAGAUCCAAGUUUCAAUAGCCAUGAAGAGGGGAGAGCUGGUAUUCAUCCCUUCACCCGGCAUCGGUCAACUUGUACCCACUGUUGAAGUCGCCAAGCUCCUUGUCCAAAGAGACCACCACCUCUCGGCCACAAUAUUCAUCAUUACAUUGCCGUUUGACAAUAAAAUCACCACCUACACCGACUCUCUUGCUUCUUCUUCCUCCUCCAUUGAUGGCCGCGUUAAGUUUGUUACCCUCCCUGAACAGAAACCUGCCUCAGAGGGGAACUUUUUGACCUCCCUGAUAGAAACCCAGAAACCCCAUGUCAGAAUGGCGGCUGCCCGGUUCGCUCAUUCUGAGUCAGGCCGUGAGGAGACGAGACUUGCAGCUUUCGUGAUUGGCAUGUUCUGCACGACGAUGAUUGACGUUGCCAAUGAGUUUGGAGUCCCCACUUAUGUCUUUUACACUUCAAGUGCCGGUGCUCUUGGCCUCAUGCUCCAUCUCCAAAGCCUUCGUGACGUCCAUAGCCAAGACAUCACCGAGCUGAAAGACUCGGAUACUGAGUUGACGGUCUCGAGCUGCAUCAACCCAGUUCCAGCCAAAGUGUUGCCCUCUGUAGUGCUAAACAGAGAUUGGUCCACGGUGAUACUGUAUCAAUUUCAGAGAUUCAAAGAAACAAAGGGUAUAUUGGUAAAUACGUUUCUGGAGCUGGAAUGCCAUGCCGUCAAGUCCUUUGCAAACAGUGAAAUCCCGACGGUGUACCCGGUGGGACCCAUACUAGACCUCAAGGGCGACGCUCACGUGGGGUCCAGUGAUGAUCAAAAGAGGGAGGAUCUCAUCUGUUGGUUGGAUGAUCAGCCUCCGGCAUCGGUCGUGUUCCUUUGCUUCGGGAGCAUGGGAAGCUUCAGCGAGGAUCAAGUGAGAGAGAUUGCGUGCGCGCUGGAGCAAUGCGGGUAUAGGUUCGUGUGGUCCCUACGUCAGCCUCCGCCAAAAGGCAAGAUGGGGUACCCCAGCGAUUAUGCCAAUCCUGAGGCCGCAUUACCCGAUGGGUUCUUGGAACGGACGGCCACGGUCGGGAGAGUGAUUGGUUGGGCUCCGCAGGUGGUGGUCCUGGCCCAUCCGGCGGUUGGAGGGUUUGUGUCCCACUGCGGGUGGAACUCCAUACUGGAGAGCCUUUGGUAUGGCGUGCCAGUCGCCACGUGGCCGCUGUACUCAGAGCAGCAAUUCAAUGCCUUUGAAAUGGUGAGGGAGCUGGGAUUGAGCGUUGAGAUAAGGAUGGAUUACAGGAGAGAUGUGAGGGCUGAGAGCGAAUCAAUGGUUUGUGCAGAUGAGAUAGGGAGAGGGCUCAAGAGUUUGAUGGGAAGCGGCAGUGAAAUGGAGAUGAGGAAGAAGGUGAAUGAGAUGAAGGCAAAAUGUAGGAUGGUGACCAUGGAAGGUGGGUCUUCAUACUCUUCUCUGGGUCAGCUGAUUAGUGAGAUUUUGGACAACAUGCAAUGAAGUGGACAAAUGACAGCUACAGCUACCAAAUCGACGCUGGAAAAAGGACGUCUGCAGAGAAUUUUUCUUCCACCGGCGUUGGAUGCAAACACUACCGUGAAACCGCCGUUGUAUGCAGAAAUUAUUGCUUUUUUAUUACGUUCUAUGUCAAGGACUUCUUUUGUGUGUAUGUAAGACAGGAUCUAUCAUUACAAGCAAAUUUUCUUCAAGCCCAUUUGGCCAAGAGAGACAUACAGCCAGCACCAAGAAGAAGAGCUACAUUGGACCAAAACAGGAGCCUCCCGUUGUUCUGCAGCUUAGGGCUCAAGAAAUCAGCAGCAAGAAGAUCGACCAGGGCCAUGUAAAUCAAUAUCCCUGAAGAUGCAGAAUUGAAGAUGCCCUCCACAAUGAGUGCGGUUGGGCUGUUCUCAUCAUACACAUUGGUGAUUCCCAAUCCUAUACCAAUGCCAACUGGGGUUGUGAGGGAGAAAAACAGCGCCAUGAUUGCACUUGCCCGAGUCUCAAACUUGGCCUACAAUAGCAAAAGAGAGAAACCAGACAUUAGUUUUAAUAGAUGUAUUUGGUCAACACCAUAAUAAGACAAGGACAAUUUUGAUGCAGUGGAGGUGAUUGGACAAAUUAUGAAAAGGCAAUCACUAGGUACUUUGGUACUUCACCACCAUUCGAUGUAUUUUGAAAGUUAUGCGGGAAAUUAGAACUAAAGUGGUAAUUGCUAAUUUUUAG